UGUUUCUUUCUUUUACCUUAGGUUGGGAUGGAAGUGGCUCCUCAUCUCAAAGAAAGUCUCAACAAAAAUUUUUUUGACUUCCUUCUAACAUUUAAACAAAUACAUGGAGACACAGUUCAGAAUCAGCUGGUAGUCCAGUGUGUGGAGAUUCCAUUGUAUUUGACUCUCUAUUCUCCGGCUAUUGAUUGGAUUUUACAGUGUAUUGCAUACCGUGCUCCAGAGGGACUGCUUACUGAGAUGAUGGAAAGAUGCAAGAAACUGGGGAAUAAUGCCUUACUUCUGAAUUCAGUGAUGUCAGCAUUCAGAGCUGAGUUUAUUGCUGCAAGGUCUAUGGAUUUUAUUGCCAUGAUUAAGGAGUGUGAUGAAUCUGGAUUCCCCAAGCACCUUCUCUUCCGCUCCCUGGGGCUAAACUUGGCAUUAGCUGAUCCUCCUGAAAGUGAUCGCCUUCAAAUAUUAAAUGAAGCCUGGAAAGUUAUCACAAAAUUAAAGAACCCACAGGAUUAUAUUAACUGCGCUGAAGUGUGGGUGGAGUACACCUGCAGACACUUUACAAAGCGUGAGGUCAAUACUGUUCUGGCAGAUGUUAUCAAACAUAUGACUCCGGAUCGUGCUUUUGAAGAGGCUUAUCCACAGCUGCAGUCAAUUAUUCAGAAAGUUAUUACUUAUUUCCAUGACUUUUCCAUACUUUUCUCAGUGGAGAAAUUCUUACCAUUUUUGGAUAUGUUCCAGAAGGAGUGUGUGAGAGUGGAGGUUUGCAAGUGCAUUAUGGAAGCUUUUAUUAAGCAUCAGCAAGAAUCUACUAAAGACCCAGUCAUACUCAAUGCUCUUCUACAUGUGUGCAAGACCAUGCAUGACUCUGUGAAUGCACUAACACUUGAAGAUGAGAAGAGAAUGUUAGCAGCUUUGAUAAAUGGAUUUAUAAAAAUGGUUUCAUUUGGCCGUGACUUUGAACAACAGCUGAGUUUCUAUGUUGAAGCCAGAUCAAUGUUUUGCAAUUUGGAACCUGUUCUUGUCCAGUUGAUUCAUUCUGUGAACCAGCUGGCAAUGGAAACAAGAAAAGUGAUGAAAGGGAAUCAUUCCAGAAAGACUGCUGCAUUUGUCAGAGCUUGUGUUGCCUUCUGCUUCAUUACAAUUCCUUCUCUGGGUAGUAUCUUUGGACGUCUUAAUCUGUACCUACACUCUGGACAAGUUGCCUUGGCAAAUCAGUGCCUUUCACAAGCCGAUGCUUUUUUCAAAGCUGCAGUGAGCCUUGUUCCUGAAGUGCCAAAGAUGAUCAAUAUAGAUGGAAAGAUGAGGCCCUCUGAAACAUUUCUCCUGGAAUUCCUUUGUAAUUUCUUUUCCACUUUGUUAAUUGUUCCGGACCAUCCAGAACAGGGUGUGUUGUUUCUUGUUCGAGGACUACUCAAUGUGAUCCAGGAUUAUACUUGGGAGGAGAACUGUGAUGACAAAAUCCGGAUUUAUACUAAUGUUUUGCAUCUGCUCUCUGCAAUGACUCAAGAGACUUAUAUCUACCAUGUAGACAAAGUUGAUUCCAAUGAUACCCUCUAUGGUGGAGACUCCAAAUUCCUAGCUGAAAUUAAUAAGGUGUGUGAGACGGUGAUAACACAGAUCCUGGACCACCUCAAGACCCUUGGAAAGGAUGAGACCCUGAAGCGCCAGAGCCAAUUGGCACUUUAUUUCUUUAAUACCAUCCUAGCUCACGGAGAUCUACGGAACAACAAACUAAACCAGCUCUCUGUCAACCUCUGGAACCUUGCUCAGAAGCAUGGCUUUGCUGACACCAAGACCAUGGUUAAAACACUAGAAUACAUCAAGAAGCGAAGCAAACAACCUGAGAUGAGUCAUUUUGCCGAGCUGGCAUUAAGACUCCCACUGCAGUCCAGGACCUGAUGAAUGUUACCCUUCCCAGGGAGUCAUCUGUACAGAGGGGCACAAAGCCAAGUCCAUAAAAUGUGGUUUAUGCUGGGUUUUCAUUGGAGUUUUAAUGUAUUUUUAUUUUUAAGUUUCACUUAGAAUGUAACAUUUAUUGGGACAAAGGUAAAAAGUAAAACUCCUGACAAGCUACAAUAAUUUGAACUCCGUUUGUUUCCAGAUGUGCCAUUAAACUCUGAUUUAAAUGCUAACAUAGACCCAGUAAAGUGCAUAUUUAAAAUUUAUGAUGGUAUAUAACUUUCCGGCCCCUAAUCUGACCUGACUCUAACAAGAGAGGAAGGAAAUCCACAUAUAUAAAUUCAGAAGCCCCCAACUGCUUUCCAUUUGCAAGGCAGUCUGUUCUCCUAUGUGGAAAGUAAUGUUUUCAUAUAACAGUCUACUUAAAGAAAUCAGCAGUAGUUCUAGUUGAGAUGUAUAGUUCUCAGAUGCCUUAUUUGGGAUUGUUUCCAGCAUUUAUAUGUCCAUUUCCAGUAAAAUUUGGACAUGGCUGAGAUACUACUCUUCUGGAUGUGAAAAAAUCUUCUUGUAAUACAUGGUUACAGACAUGUUUAUAGCUUCAUUUUAAUCUAAAACUGUUCUGUAAUCUUCUUCCGUUUUAUCCAGCAAUCAAUAAGUCUUCAGAGGAAAAUAUAAAAGUAUUCAGAGAAAUUCUGUGUAUUCAGUCAAAAUGAACUAUAUAAUUGAAUAAAACUGUUAAUGUGCA